CGGAAGAGAAGCGGAGCGCGUGCCGUGGCCUCGGAGCUGGGGACGUAACGUCAGGGAGGAAAAAUGACUGAACAGAGAUGUGAUUGUUCCGUUCUGCCUUCGACACCAGUGAACUCUUGGCUCGCUUCAGCAAGUUAACAGCGAGAAUACGCACCACGGUCCAGCUGUCCUACUAACGGAAUGUCGUUACAGACAGAACCGACUGUCGGUUAUUCGGUGAAUUUCGUCAGACAGACCUCGGACGAUGCUAAACAGCUAGCCAACUAAUCGAAGAAAAUAAGCCCGUGCGCCGACUCUUUGACAGCUUCAGUGUAUUCGCCUUUCAGCCGUUUGCCACAGAACAGUCGACGUAUCUAUCCGAACCUGAGCGCCCGCCGACGGCCACGUCAGCUAACACGAGCGUAUAUCUCUCCGGUCUGCUCCACUGUGGGCACUGCUGAGCUCGUGGGUUGGUUUUGUGUUAUUAAUAUCCAACAAAAACUUAGGGAGUCUUUUUCUGCGACAAUGGCUCCGAUGGGUAUCCGGCUGUCACCGCUCGGUGUGGCGGUGUUCUGCCUGCUUGGAGUCGGUGUCAUCUACCACCUGUAUGCGGGGGUCAUCUCCAGCCGCUGGGCUGCUUUCAGACAGCGGAGGAAAGUGGAUCUGAGGGAGCUGCUGGCUGUCUCUGUGGAGGCUGCAGUACUAGGUGGCAGAGAGGUAAAGACGGUGCGUGAUGAAAAUGACCUGAAGGAGAAGUCAAAGGGCAAGACAAGGGAGGGAGCCAGUGAGCCUCUGACUAUGGGUGACCUACAGUCUCACAGAAAGAUGUUUAACCUCAUAAGCAACACCUUCCCUGACGUCACGGUGAACAGCGAGGAACAUGACAACAUGGUGGACAAGGCUGCGACCUGGAGCCGGGACAUUCCAGCUGAUAUACUAGACAAGAUAGAGGGGGGAAAGGACGUUCCUUCUGAGAGCAUCACUGUGUGGAUCGAUCCUCUAGAUGCUACACAGGAAUACACAGAGAAUCUGGUGAAGUAUGUGACUACAAUGGUAUGUGUGGCUGUAGAUGGUAAACCAGUCAUUGGGGUCAUACACCAGCCGUUCACUGGGUUCACUGCCUGGGCGUUUGUAGGUCAGGGGUCAAAUAUGCGUCCACGGUCGUCGUACAGUGUCAGCCCUCCAAAGGUGAUUGUAUCACGUUCCCACUCUGGAAAAGUUAGAAGUUUUAUCCAGGAUGCUUUGGGAAACAGCACAACAAUCAUAGAAGCAGGCGGAGCAGGAUAUAAGGUCCUGUCACUUCUGGAGAUGCCUUCAAGUGAAACGGGUUCUAUAGACCAGGCAGAUGCUUACGUCCACAUCACUUUUAUUAAGAAAUGGGACAUCUGUGCUGGUGCAGCACUACUGAAUGCACUGGGAGGCCACAUGACAACUCUAAAGGGAGAGGACAUCGACUACAGUGGAGCGCCAGUCAACAAAGGAGGACUGGUGGCCAGUGUUGGCGUGGACCAUAAGGCCUUACUGGAGAGACUGCCAAACUGGGACCCUGAAAAGCAUUGAGAGAGACGAACACAGAGCCAUUGGUGGUUUGGUCAGGUUGUGGUAACGGCGGGCAUCAGAUGGACUGGAGUCACUGUCGCUGGCAUGGGCCACUGAGCAGGACUUUGGAACCAACAUGGCCGCCACUGGAAACUGCAAUGGCUGACACAAUAGCUCUGAACGCACACUCCCGUACAUGCAGCUAGGAGAAACGGUACAUCAUGCAUAUACAUACAAACACAUGCUCACAGUGAACACUGGUCAACAGCAUGACUCUAAAGUGAAAUGUUAAACUGAGCAGCACAGUGCUGAACAUUACAACAAAACCUGUGGAGUUACUGACAUCAUUGUCCCAUCUUCAUCACAUGAUACUCCAGUGACAGGCACGGUAUCGUUAAAGCUAACAUCAGCUCUGCUCAGUUAGUGAAAGGACCACCUGUCAUCAUUAUUUGAGGCUGGAUAGAAACUCACCCUGACAGGAAGCAGUGAGCCUCAGACAUGCCAGCACCAUCAUACCACAACAGUUCACUUCACACUGUCUUCAAAGUUGUCAUGUGAGGUUGCGCAGAGAUGGAGCAUUUCAGCUUCGGACUGACAGUGAAUACAUGGCAUGGCACUUUUCUUUAACUCCAUAUAAGUCAUGUAAAUUUGUAUUUGUUGUCCUUGCUCACACUGUAGAUGCAGCUCUCUCAAACUCUUGGUCAGGACCCAUGUAGUAUAUUUUAAAGAGCCUGGGUCUCAAUGAUGUUGCAUUGAUUUGAUCCUCGCUUCAAGUUAAGAAAACCUAAUUUUGAUAAAACAGCAUCUCUUCUCAGGCCCCCCCCCCCCCUUUUUUUUUUUUUGGCCAGAGCGAGUUUUAAACUGGGACCACCUCAGUAAGCAAAACUCAAAGCUCAUUAUGGUGAAAGAAAAAAACGCAAAAUCCUUCAAUUUCUUCUAGAGUAACCACCAGCAGUCUGAGGAAGUGUUUGCAUAAAGGUGAGCUGCUGAAACUGUCUAAAUUAGUCCAACUCAAAACAUUAGAAAUUGUAUGUUUUAGACUGUAUUAUUUCUCAAGUCAUGGCAAGGGGGUCAGACUUACUCGGAUUUACUAAUUUUGCUAAACUGUUUGCAGAUAAUACGCAGAAAAGAAUGUUUCAUCACAAAUAAAUCAAGAUUAAAUGGUCAAAGGGAAAAAUGAGGGAAACUUGGAGGAAAAGUAGUUGUUUCUUGCCUGUCUUUCAUCUGAGUUUUGACUGAUGUAACCUGUUGUCCGGUGUGGUGCCGCGCUGUGAUUGACGUCUCCUUUACUCUCCUGUUCUAAGAGCUUAUGCACAAACACAGCACAAUAUUUUGUCUUUAUCUUCCUCCUUCACAGUCUGUUUCUCCACACAUCAUCCUCACCUCUGCAGUACGUGCAGUGUUGGUCGGACUGUUGCAUUUCUCAGUGAAUUAAGAGCAGAGGAUCAGUUAACAGGUCCUGUGGAACCAGACUAAAGACUGGAUUGCCAUGUGGUCUUGCCUCUGCUUAGAGCGAUGUACAAAAACAAGUCCCAUCCAAUAUGUACAGUCUCACUCGUGACUUUAAAACUGACUAGUCUGCUGAAUGGGCAUUACAGAAGAAAAUAAUUAGUUUCAAUAGUGUUAUGUCACCAAGAAUUAAAUGUUUAAAAAAAGUUUAAACAACUAGAACAUGGGAAAUGUCAAGUUGAAGAGUGUGUUUAACCAUGAAACUUACCUGAGCUGGACCGGUACGUUUCCAAACCAUUUCUGCUACUGAAUAAGUCAUUCAUGCAACAACGAGCCUGGUACUAGUCCUAUUUUGUUAGAGACUGGGCUGUACACUGUGUUGAAGCACACAUGUACUUGCAUGGCUUUGUGUUUAGAUUCACCUUUGGUCCUCUAACACUUGUCAUCUGGCUCGAUCAGCCUCCACAGACUACUGUGGGUCUUUCUGUACCAGCAGUCUGCCAUAAGUGUGAGUCUGACGUUAUACAGCCAACAUUUGUAUUGUGUUCGACAACAAACGCUGAUGUGAAGUUAGACUUUUCUUUUUGCUGUGAAACCGUGUUAAAUGGUGAAAGAAAACCACCAGCAAAAUGCGAGCUCAUGUCAGUGUCUUGAAGAAGCUCCACUUACAAGUGACCUGGUUUAUGUUCAGUUUGUCUAAGCAGCCGUUGUAUAAUUGAUAACCUUAUACAGAUUAAAAAAAAAUGUAUAGAGGCUAAGAGUUAAAUGUUCAUACAACAUGAACUUAAGACUUGCGAUAAUGAGACGCUGUCAGCAGGUUAAAGGCCUAAUCAGGCUGGUGUGGUGAUGACAUUAAACAGGGGACAGCCUGACUCAAAGAAACAACAGAAGGCAGCUUUCAGUCUCAAAGCCAGAGCUGUGACACCUACUGGAGGUUGGGACUUGGGACAACAUUGUCCUAGGAUGAGCGUGUUCGCCACGGCACUCAGCAUGAUUUUUGUAGAUGUUGCUAUGGUAGCGAUGGUUAAUAUUCAAGUGUAAUGCCGCAAUAGCAGUUUAAAUGGCAUUGCAGUGACAUGGAAAUCCCAUGGAGACUAAUGCUGUACACUCCCUUCCCCUUGGAUUGUGCUCGUUCUGUACUGUGUGAAAGAAACAGUUUAGUGAGUGCGAGUAAGAGAUAAUGAUUAAAGUGGAACUCCACCGAUUUUAGUCUGUUUACAGGUCUUGGGGAGUACAACUGCAUGUGUGGGGAAAAAAAAUAGUAUAAAGCCUUUAGUGUCUCCAGAGGGAGCUGUGUGAAGUCUGAUAAAUGUCCUCAAGUGAUGUCACUUGAGUCAGUGUCAAGUUUGAAAAUGGAAAAAUGUCUGAAGGUGUGGCGUCAGAAAGAAGUGUUUACCAGACCUCUGUAGCCCGCUCUUCAUCUCUGCUUGAGACUAGCGGCACGAGGGUACAUUAGCCGCUACUAGCAAAAUGCACCCAAAUCUCAAAACUGUCGGUGGCAACAUUGCAUUGUGGGUAAUGUAGGCACCAGGUAUUGACAAGGAAGAAGAAAGCAGGAAUAAAAAAAGACAGUAUAUCUCUGGUUCUUCUGCAUCGAUUUCCAUCUUUUUUUUGGACUGAGAUCCUUUUUAAAUUGGUUGAGUACUCUUUCAAUGCGUAGACCACAGACUGGUCAGAUUGUACAAGGGGGCACCCUGUGUUCUGCUCAACACACCUGAAACCUAUUGUUUUAAAAGUGUAAUAAUUACCAGCUCAUUAAAGGUAGGGUAUGCGAUUCUGGAGAAAUCCAGUACCAUGACAAAUACCAUGAUAUACAACGACACAGCAAGUAAUGUAGCUAACGUUAGCUAGGUUGUGGGUUAGCUUAGCUAGGUUGUGGGUUAGCAAACUGUCCCUACAGUUGCUGCUGCGAAGCUAACAGCCAGAGAGGACGAGCCGGUUUCCCAGAGCCAGCACAGCAGCUCCAGACAGCGACGCUCACAACUCUCCUGCUGCUAUAGCUAACAUCACAACAACAGCAGAUCUUGGCAAACUAGGUGGACAAGUCAUUUAACGUCACCUGACGCACAAAUCAUGGCUGGAAUAGUGUUGUGUGGCCCAGUCCGAGCCACUUUGGUGUUUGUACUCAGCCCUGGCUCUGUGAAUGGGAAACUAACAGAGGGUUGCUCAGCUAGCGGACCGAGAGGAGAUAUUCACUGAAUCUGACCAAAAGAUGUGUACUGGAUUAGAAUCGCAUAAUCCACCUUUAAGCCUCAAGCAUUUAACAACAAAGUGGAGCCAGCAUGGCUGCCACUGUAAGUUACCAGCUCCUGUCAGAGACUCUUGAUCAGUUUAGAUACAGUAAACAGUGACCAGUGAUUUAUGGUGACAAUGAAAGCAAAACUGAUUUUUAUCACCACAUUGACAGUGGGAAUUGUGAAGUGACUUGACAGGAUCUCGCCAAGUCCAAUUCUAGCAGCUGUGUGAGUAAAUCACGUUGAUUGUCCAGGACUCAUGUUAACCAAUGUCCACAGAACUGGCAUGCUGUUUGAAAUACCUAAAGGUGAUAUUAUACCUAUAAGGUGUUAUUUCUCUGCAUAGUUCUGGUAUGGUCAUCACAUCCCUGUCCCUAGCUCUCCAGCAAGAGGAGGCGUCUAAAAUCACACACAGAUAAAAACCAGUCACUGGUUAAACAUGGCAGCAUGCAAAGGUAAUAAGGACAGGCAACAUUCCCUUUAGUUUGCAAGUGAAAUCAAUCAAUCAAUCACACUUUAUUUAAAUAGCACCUUUCAGACAAAUCAAAUGCAAUUCAAAGUGCUUUACAAGGGACUGACAAAAUGCAGGAAAUAAAACAUGGAUUUAGACUAAUGCACACUAAAGCAAUCACAAACUAAAAGUUAAACAAUGAAAGAUGUAUAGUUAAGAUAGUAAAAAAAGAAGAAAUAAAAUCAGAAAAGUAAAAUAUUAAUAAAAUAAAAAGAUAAUGAUAAAAUGCAUAGAAAUAAUAAAACCAUAAAAUUAUGAAAAUACUACGUAAAAGCCAGACUUAAUAGAUGGGUUUUCAGUUUACGUGUAAAAAUAGUGUUUUCAGCGGCCCUCAGAUCCUCUGGAAGGCUGUUCCAGCGGCCCGCAGCGUCGUGGCUGAAGAGCCGGAGGAUCUGAGGGGCCUUCCUCUUCCCGGUUCAUAAACUAAAAGCAUGUCUGAGAGGUAGUCUGGUGCAAGGCCAUAUAGUGCCUCAUAAACUAAUAAAAUCAUUUUAAAAUCAAUAUGAAAACUAACAGGUAACCAGUGUAAAGACUUUAAAAUAGGUGUAAUGUGUGCUCUCCUGUUGGUCUUAGUCUGCACUCGUGCGGCAGAAUUUUGACCUAAUUGCAGCUGAUUUAUUGUAUUCUUUGGAGACCAGAAAGGAGAGCGCGGCGUGCACCGGUUUCUCGGUGUUGCUCAGAGAGAGAAAUGGCCUCGCUUUGGAGAUGUUCUUCAAAUGAAAAAACGCUGUUUUUGUGACACCCCGCACAUGAGCCUUGAAACUGAAAUCACUCCUAGGUUUCUAGCUUCUUGGCUUGGGUUGAGUCCUGGUGUGUUUAGUUUGGAGGCCAGUUUCUCUCUCGGAGCCUGUUUUAGCCUGGUUGAGCUGUAAGAAAUUCGGUGACAUCCAGGCCUUGUGGAAUGGCAGUAGGCUGUAAGUAAAAACCUAAACCCAAACAUUUUCUUUGGCCAAAGUGCCCGAGAUCUUCCAGAUGCUCAUUUUAAAUCGAGAGGUGGUAGAUAAUGAUGUGAGAACUAAGGUUAUGCUCUAGGUUAUCCUGCCACGUACCACGCUGUUCUAUGGCUGUUUAGUGUGGGCGAAGGGUUAGUCCGUGUGCGAUCUGAUAGCCAGGUUGUUGUGCAGCUGCUGAGUUGCUCUCGUCCUGCUUCUGCUGUGAAGUUCCAAUAAAACAUCUGUGCAUGAUGUA